AUGGCACCAAGGAAGUCCAUCACUCCCAAGAAACAAGGAAAGAAGACAAAACAAGGAGACGGCGACAACGAAAAUGCUUCUUCUUCUCCCAGAAAAACUCCUGAAAGAAACCUUAGCACAAGUACUCAAGAAUUCAACGAAAGCACUCUCCCUGUCCCCUCUCCUACUGAGUCAUCCACAAAGAAGAAAAAAACAUCAAGAAGCUCUGCGGGAUCUUCUUCGAAUGACACACAAUCAUCGACAAUAUCCUCUUUAGUAAAUCCUACUGUGGUUCCUUGUCCAACCAAGGAAUUCGAAUGUGCCUCUGAAAACGUCACCAAGCUGUUUUCAAAUCGCUUGUAUGUCAUUCCUGAUUAUCAGAGGCCUUAUGAAUGGCAACCCGACGAUAUCACCAAGUUAUUGGAUGACAUUUUUGAGGCCUUAAAAAGAAAAGAUCGAAGAUACUUUAUGGGAAACGUUCUUUUAAAAAAAGCAGAAUCAGCACCAAGGGCCUCUAUUAUUGAUGGUCAGCAACGCUUAAUUUCUCUAUCGAUAAUUCUUGCUGCUCUCCGCUCUCUCAUCGUCAAGAAGGAACAUUCAGAUACCUUGUACAAAGCCAUGAUCGACAAUAUUGAAGAAUGCUUAACUUCAAAACAGUAUGAGACAAUGGGCCAAGUCAGAAUUGAAAUUCAAAACGAUGUCACUACAGUUAAGAAAGAAAACACUUUUUUCAACAAGAACAUUGCAAAUCAUGGGUUUUUCAAUUCCAGGGUAGAAGAAUCAACCAAAAAAUAUUUUGACUCAUAUCUUGCAACGUUAGAAGAAGAGAAAGUGGUGUAUUCUCAGUCCUCAUUCCAAAUGGCCAAGAACCUCCUUCAUACAAGAUAUCAUUUAAAGAAGAAUCUCAAAACGCAAGUAGAGAUUGUGAGCUUUCUAACUUAUCUAAGAAACAAUUGCUCUGUCAUGGUGACAACAAUUUUACCAGAAGAGAAUGAGUUUGUGAUCUUUGGAACCUUGAAUUGUCGUGGAAGAGAUUUAUCUCCAAUGGAUGACCUCAAAUUACAGUUCAGCCAAUAUUUCCUUGAGAAAGAUAACGAAAAGGCCACGGCAAUGAAAAAAUGGAUCGAUAUGCCCCAAGAGAUGAAAGAAGAUUUAUUCUCAUUGAUCUUUGAGUGUGUUUAUGUUACUCUUGCUGACACUGAGGUGACAACGAUUCGCACUUCUCAAGCACAAAGAGCUUACGAUCGAAUGCUGCAACAGUUGGCAGAAAAGAGCAAAAUGACUCAUCUUGAGUUUGUGAACAGUUACAUGCAACCCCUUUUUGAUGCUUUUGGUAUGCUAAAGAGAAGAGGUGGAAGAGGUGCUAGAGAUGAUAGAGAUGAAUGCGAUCUCAGUGAAUCUCUCGAGAGAAAGGUGAGUGUCAUUCAAUACAUCACCGAGAACUACUUCCAAAAAGCAGUUCGUGAAUCCUCGGUGAUAAUGAUGAUGAUUCUUUUAGCCAUGUACAAGUGCAGACCUAAAAGCACAGGAAUGUUUUCUGCGUAUCGUUUAGACCAUUUGCCCUUGGGCCAUAUUGAAUCUCUUAUAGGUGUUUGGCAUGAUUAUCUGCUCAAAAAUGCUCUCUACGGAUCUCAAAAGGUCACCUUUGGUCCAUUGCUCAACCAUAUUAAGAGUCUUCUCAAUAACACUUCAAUAUACAAGGAAGAAAACAUUGAAGUUCUCAAAGGAAAACAAUGUCAAACGGUCAAUCGAUGGAAGGCAAAGAUCGAAAGACAACUCGAUCUAAGCAAAGAAACAACCAAGAGCGAAGCCACGCAAUUGGCAAAGGUGUUUGAGGUGGUUCUAAAAGUGAUUCACUUUUAUGACCCUCAGUCCAUCAAGACACAAGAAUUUAAUUUUUUCGACUCGGAUAAUUAUGAAUUGGAGCAAAUAAUGCCAAAGCCUUAUGGUAUGAAAAGAGGGGAUUCUGGUUCAUUCUUGAAAAUUGGAAAUUACUCUCUCAAGAAAAAGUUUUCUCCUCUUCCAGUGGAUGUUCAGAAAAAGCUGGCUGCUCUCAAUAAGAUUGUUUACCCAAUAACAAGCAAAAAUGUUUUGCAUAUCUCAGAGAAAAUUGUUGGUGACGACAAAAGUUGGGCCAAGAAGGAUUUGGAAAAAAGAACAACAAGUAUCACAAAUUUCCUUGAACAAUUGUUGGGUGAGUCAUUAGAUGAUAGUUCUGAUGAGGAGGAGUAA